AUGGCCCACCAAGCACACGCAUAUCAUAUGGUUGAUCCAAGCCCAUGACCCCUAACCGGCGCAAUCGGAGCAUUAUUAAUAACAUCCGGCUUAGCGAUCUGGUUUCACUUCCACUCCACCACACUUAUAACCCUUGGACUAAUACUUUUGCUUCUUACAAUAUAUCAGUGAUGACGAGAUAUUAUCCGAGAAGGAACAUUUCAAGGCCAUCACACACCCCCCGUGCAAAAAGGCCUACGAUAUGGUAUGAUCCUCUUUAUUACAUCUGAAGUAUUCUUUUUUCUAGGAUUUUUCUGAGCUUUUUACCAUUCAAGUUUAGCACCUACCCCUGAGCUAGGAGGAUGUUGACCACCAACAGGUCUUAUCACCUUAGACCCGUUUGAAGUUCCAUUAUUGAAUACAGCCGUCCUCUUGGCAUCUGGGGUUACAGUAACAUGGGCCCACCACAGCUUAAUAGAAGGUGAUCGUAAACAAGCUAUCCAAUCCCUAGCAUUGACAAUCUUACUAGGACUUUACUUCACCGCCUUACAAGCCAUGGAAUAUUAUGAAGCACCCUUUACCAUUGCGGAUGGCGUCUAUGGCUCAACAUUCUUUGUAGCCACAGGAUUCCAUGGAUUACACGUUAUUAUUGGCUCUUCAUUCUUAGCCGUUUGCCUACUUCGCCAAGUCCAAUACCACUUUACAUCCGAACAUCAUUUUGGCUUUGAAGCUGCCGCCUGAUACUGGCACUUUGUAGACGUAGUAUGACUAUUCCUCUACGUGUCAAUUUACUGAUGAGGCUCAU